ACAAAGGAUCCUGCGACGCCGUCCUCCCAUUGUUAGCACAAGUGCACACAGCAGCUAAUCCACCUACCAGCGUGGGGAUGUACUUAGGGCAGUGCACUCAGAAUUAACGAAAAAGCCUCUUAAUUCAAACAAAACCAUUAUUGAAACUCUUUGUGCACAGUGGAUUCACGGCUUAUUGCGGACUUUCUGGGUAUCAGCAUUCCUUACACCAGUGUUUCAGGACCCAUCAUGUCCGACAAACCAGAUUUUGCAGAAAUUGAAACAUUUGACAAGACCAAGCUGAAGAAGACAGAAACCAGAGAGAAAAAUCCAUUGCCCACUAAAGAAACUAUCGAACAAGAAAAGCAAAGUGAAAGCGCAUCCUGAACAUCAAAUGGACGAUGCAGCUGCUGCUUCUUCAGUGGGGUUUGGGCUUCUGCGCUGGGUUGUUUUGUUUUGUUUCCCCGCCCCUUCAUGCCCCCGCUCCCUGCUUGUUGUCCAUUUAAUUUAGCAAACACUCCCUCCUUUCAUGUUCCCUGGGAAGUCUGUUUUGUAUUUGUCGGACAAGAUACUUUGUGUUUGUGUUCUUAAAACUGUAAUUGAAAGUUCUGUACCGCCCCCAUUACUUGCCAAAAAAAAAAAUCUGCAUAAAAAAUGUUUUCCUAAACCUCACAAUAAACAGGUUUCUUCUGAUCAA